AUGGCCUUGAAUUAUGAUUACGAUGAACAAGGGGAGACCUGGCCUUUCUUUCUCCUGACUUUGUUAUUAGUUCUUUUAAUUCCAAGCACAUUAAUUCAAUUCUGGCGUAUUAUUAAAAAUAAUGAUAGUGAAGAUGAAGUUACUAGAAAAUAUAAAGAAAUUAAUAAGAAGGCGGGUAGAGAUGUUGUACCAUUGGAAGAAUUGAACGAAUUAUACACAGAUGAUAAGAUUAAGAAGUUUAGAAAGAAAUUUGACCAUUCUAGUAAAUCUAAGAUUUUAAAUUUAAGAAAUUUAUUAAUCAUCAUUGGUUGGGUUAUUGUUUCUGUUUUAGUUCAAAGAAUCUCUAACAAUGAUGCCAUUAAGGAAGCUGCAUCUGGUAUGUUCGACCCUUACGAAUUGUUAGGUAUUUCUACAAGUGCAAGUGAAAGAGAUAUCAAAUCAGCUUAUAGAAAAUUAUCUGUCAAAUUCCACCCUGAUAAAUUAUCCAAAGAUUUAUCCGAAAAGGAAAGAACCACUAUGGAAGAAAUGUAUGUUCAAAUCACCAAAGCUUAUGAAGCUUUAACAGAUGAAGCUAUGAGAGAAAACUUCUUAAAAUAUGGUCAUCCAGAUGGUCCACAAUCAACCACUCAUGGUAUUGCUUUACCACAAUUCUUAGUUGAAGGAGCUGCUUCCCCAUUAUUAGUCUUUGCUUAUGUUUCCUUGUUAGCUUUGAUUUUGCCAUACAUUGUCAGUAAAUGGUGGUCAAGAACUCAAUCUUACACCAAGAAAGGUAUCCAUGUUAAUACUGCUUCUUAUUUUGCUGAUAGAUUAGUUAAUUAUAAACCUUCUGAAGUUGUGACCACUAACUUAAUCAUUAAUUGGUUAUCUCAUGCUGAAGAAUUCCAAAUUUUUUUCCCUAAUAAGACUCCUGCUUAUUUUGAAAAAUUAUUAUUGAAUCAUAUUAAUAGAGUUCCAAUGGAUGAAAAUCCAACUGAUGUUUUAAUCAAAUAUAGAAUUGUAGCUAAAUGUCAUUCGCUAUUAUAUGGCCUAUUAGAUAUUGCUUCUGGCUUUAGAAAUACUGAUAUUGCCUUAGCAGCUUUGGAUACAUUCAAAUGUUUAGUUCAAGCUGUUCCUCAUAAUCAAUACUCUCAAAUCUUACAAUUACCAAAUGUUAAUAAAGAACAUUUCAUAGAUUCUACAGAAGAUGUUUAUACCGUUGGGAAAUUAUUCACUUUUGAAGAUAAUAAAAUUCAAAAAAUGCUUGGUAUUGAAGAUAAGGAUCAAUUUGAACAUACAAUGAAAGUGGCUUCAAAUAUCCCUGUUUUGAAAUUAUUAAAGGCUGAUUUUAUUGUUCCGGGUGAAAAGCAUGUUACUCCUUCUGCAAUGGCUUAUAUAUCUGUUAAAGUAUUAGUUCGUUCUCCAAAACACAAAUUUAUUCCACUUAAAAAAUUCCCAGAUGAAACCUUACAAGAACCAACUGAUUUCGAUUUCUUAAAGGAUCCAUUUGCAUCAAUGAAUGAAAAACCAUUAUUACCUUAUUCUUUUGCACCAUUCUUCCCAAGUAGUAGACGUAAUGCUUGGUGUUGCUUAGUUGCUUUACAAAAAGAUUUGAAAAUUUUACAAUCUCCAUUUAUCUUAGAAAGAUUAUCAUUAACAAAUUUGACAAAAGAUUUAGAUAAGAGAGUCUUGAAAGAAUUAGGUGAUGAUUUUGAUCCAAAGGAUUGGGAAAUUGGUUCAAUUAGAAUUCCAUUGGCUCAAGCUGCUCCACCAGAAAAGGGUGAUUUCCCAUUUAGAAUCAUUAUUAAAUCUACAGAUUAUUUUGGUUGUGAUUUAGAUUUCACAAUCUUUAUGCACGUUAGCGACAUGACUGAAGAAGAGAAACGUGAUGAAAGCCAAAAUCUAUUGAAUGAUUUGGAUUCUUCGGAAGAUGAUAUUUCUGAUGAUGGGGAUGAAGAUGAAGAUGAUAGUGAGUACGAUAGUGAUUUGACAGAUAUUGAUACUGAUACAGAAACUGAAGAAAGUGAUGUUGAAGAUGAAAAACAAAAUAUCAAGGAAGAUAAAAAUAAACCUUUUUUUUUUCAAUUCAUACCAUCUAAAAAAUAA